UUCUUAUAAAGUAGUUCAGGCUACAUUUUUUUUGCCUUAGUUACCAGAUGUUCUUUAAACCACUCCCUAAAUCCACACCUAAACCUUUUUUUAUAAACAGCUACCACAUCAUUUUGAAACAUGCAGAGAUACCAAUAUUAUAACCACCUGUGCACAGAUAAGAGUCAUCAUGUCAGAUGAAGUCAACGUCUUUAUGGACCCUUUCCUCAAAAUCUACACAAAUCCACAUCAGAUAGAAGUAGCCGAUAGCCUCACCGAAUCCUUUCACGAGGACAUUGUGCUGAAAGAGCGUCAGAGAAACACGGAAUUGUUGGAAUCUCUAGGAAUCGUCCAGUCAAAACUUAUUCAAAGUAUGGAGAAACAACCAGAGAACCCGAAACACAGUAAUUUGAACAUCGUUGAAUCAAAACUUAAUGAUGUGAAGGAAAGAGAGAGGCUUAGAGAAAAAAAGAGUGGUAAAGAAAGGCAAGCGGAGAAAGUGAUACACAUAACAAACGAAACAAAUGUAGAUCAGACAGGAAAAGCUGAAAUGUGUCAUUUUGACAUGAAACAGAUGGAAAGAUUUCUUGAGGAGGAAAGUGAUCAAACCAAGGCUGAGGAACCAGAACGACAGCACGUGAGAGAAAAAAAGCAGAGUGUUAAAGAAAAACAAGCAGAGAAACAAGCGAUGAAUAAAACAAAUGAAACUACUGAAGAUCAGUCAGAAAAGGUUGAAAUGUGCCAUUUUGAUAUGGCGAAAUUUCUUGAGGAGCAAAAUGAGCAAACUGAGGAUGAGGAACCAUGCAAAGUGACCACAGAACAACAACAUAUGAGUGAAAGAAAGCAGAGUGUUAAAAAAGCGAGACAUAUAACAAAUGAAACAAAUGAAGAUCAGUCAGAAAAAGAUGAAAUGUGUCAUUUUGACAUGAUGCAGGAUGCAAAAUGUCUAGAGAAACAAAAUGAGCAAAUCGAGGGACUGUGUGAAGGGACGAAAGAACAUCACAUGAAGGCUGUUGAUAAAGAGGAGCAGAAAGCACUAAAAAAUUUAGUUCUGAUGAUAAAUGAGGAAGAGAAGGAAAUGGCCGAGUGUGGAAAAGCUACAGACAUUCACAAAACAAAACAAGCUCACAGCGUCGAAGCAGAACAUUUUCACCAGCCACAUGCUGCUAUAGCGAAGAAAGAUUUGUUGACAGAAAAAGCUAAAAAGACAGAUCUCGGUGAACCAUUAAACAAAGUCGCCACUAAAGAAGAAAAUAAAGAGGUUAUGAAGAUACGGGAGCAAGAACUGCUCAGUGGAGGAGUGUGUCCAGAAGUCAAGAAGGCACAAGAUGACACAGACAGUGUGCUUCUGUGUAAAGCAGAAGAGAACAUGCAUUUAAAACCAGAAAGCACUGAGAAGAGGCAAAGUAUAAACACAACACCUAAAAAGCAAGAAGAGGAGCAUUUAUAUGAAGUACCCGAUGCUGUACUCACUAGUUCUACUGAAUACAUUUACGGAACAGAGUGCGUUAAAGAACAACUGAAGAAACUGGACAACAUCACACUUCACAUUGCUGUUACAGGAUCAACUGGAGCAGGAAAAUCCAGCUUUAUCAAUGCAAUACGAGGUCUGAAACCGGACGACGUCAAUGCAGCUCCCACAGGGGUGACUGAGACGACAAUGACGUCAACACUGUACACACAUCCUACAAUGCCCAGUGUAAAAUUAUGGGAUCUGCCAGGGACCGGAAGUCCCAAAUUUAGAGCCAAAAAAUACCUAAAGGAUGUGAAACUUGACACCUUUGACUUCUUCAUCAUCAUCUCCUCAGAGAGAUUCAAGGAAAACGACAUCCUGCUGGCUAAAGCAAUUAAAGAGAAGAAGAAGUUGUUCUACUUUCUCCGCUCGAAGAUUGACAAUGACAUCCAAGCAGAAUCUAAAAGGAAAGACUUUGAUGAGCAGAAAGUUCUCACAGAUAUUCGUGAGGACUGCCAUAGAAACCUUAAGGGCAUGGAUAACCCCCAAAUUUUCCUAAUUUCCUCUUUUGAAUUGCACAAAUACGAUUUUCAAACCCUUGUCGACACACUGGAGGAGCAGCUACCUGCUCACAAGAGAAAUGCUCUGAUUUUGUCCUUGCCAAUAUACUCCUCCAAGAUCUUGGAUGAGAAGAUCGAACUGUUUAUGAAGCAAACCUGGUCAGCAGCCGUCGCUUCUGGUUCCAUCGCAGUGGCUCCAGUGCCUGGUCUUUCCAUUGCUUGUGAUGCUGCCAUUUUACUGGCUUUCUUCACCAAGUGCUACAAUGCUUUCGGGCUGGAUGAUGGAUCAAUAGAUAAGCUUUCAGUGAGAGUCAACAAUCCAUCCCUCAAAUCUGUAAGGAAGUCACCUCUAGUGAUCGCUAUUGGGCAAAAGAAACUCAGUAAUAAGGAGCUAGCAGCACUGACAAAUAGAGAAGCAGCUAUUAAAUUUGCGUGGAGCAUGGUUCCUGUUGUAGGAAGUAAAAAAACUGCAGAAAUGUCUUACUUCACAACACUGAACCUUCUGCGAGCAGGAGUUCAGGAUCUCGCUGAUACAGCCAAAGAAGUGCUGAAAGUGGCAGGUCUGACUGAUGUCUACUGAAAUCACAGACUGAGAUCAGUCAAGAGGUCACGUCAUUGGUCAUUUUUGUUAAGUGCAGUCACAUUCAUUCAUAACAUACUCAGUGCUGUUCCCGUUCAAGAAGCUGAGCUGCAUGCAUGCAUCUACUGACUGUUCUGAACAUGUGUUUCUUUAUUAUCUGGAAAAUGUAUGGCUUAAAUUGCAUUUGUUAAUUGAUUUAGACCUACAUCCUAUAAGACAUGGAAGAAAAUGUGUUGUUUGUUAGAAUGUGUGCUGAGUGUGUGUAGAAACUACUUAACUAUUUACUAUAUAUAUAUAUUUAUAUAACUGUUUAACUGAAUCUAGGCACAAUUAGCUGGCAGUCUGAUUUUCCCUUUUUUGGCUAAUAAAGAAUUGAAA